AGUGUGAGUGUAUGUGUGUGCGUGUGUGUGUGUGUGUUGACUGAAGGAUGUUCCUGACUCGCUGUGUGAUGCUUUGGAUCCUGUUGACAGUCCUCAGCCUGCCUGUAUGGAGUGAUGUGAAGGUGAUCCAGCAGUAUAAAGUGGUGAGCGCUGAUGGUACGGCUAAGGUCCAGUGCUUCAUCCAACCCUCGUACCACCAAACCCCGCACUACCCCUACCCUGAACCCGAGGAGCUGCGUGUGACUCUGCUGAAAGGGCUCCACGGCACCCAGAAACUCUGUUCGUCCAUCCUCAACUUCACAGAGCAGAGAGAGGCAGGUGUGGAGAAAGAGGGUGAGGUGCAGUGCUCUGCUGAGGCGAGAGAGGGCGCUCUGGAGGUGACAGUGUCCGGACUGAAAGCCGCAGACACAGAUCUGUAUCGCUGUGAGGUACAGAUCUUCUACCCACCACCAUACCUGCGGCUCACUGGCAACGGCACACUCAUUCAUGUCUUAGGCAGCUCUGACUGUCCCGUGCUGGGGGCUCAGAGACAGAUCUCAAAUCCAGGUGAUGAAGGAGAGGAUGAAGAGGGUGAGGAGAGGACGGCAGCAGUCAGUGUUCCUGUGGUUGUUCUGGUGGUACUGGUCAUAUUUGUCCUCAUCAUCAUUAUCUACUUCCAGACUCUACAGUGUGAACGAGGGCGGAGGGAUGUCCGAGCGGUGCCCAGCGUGCUUCACAAGGCGGAUGCUGCUGCACUUUCAUGUUCAAACUUUGCAUGAAAAACACACUGAAUACGUGACUCACGCGAUACAUUGUUUCUGCAGUGAAGCGUUAGAGUUCUCGUGUUAAAGGGUCAGUAUGUACCUUUUGUUAAAUAUCACCUCUGUUAUGAUUGAGGUUAUAUGAUCUUUAACCAAAAAAAUAAUACCAAUAUGACAUUUUGGUGUUUGUGCAUAUUUUACUAAUUAAGUAUAAGAAUAAUGUUUACAUUGGUGUAAACACAGCUUGUUUUAAAAGGCUGUAGCUUUGAGUUUCCAUUUACCUGUUGAUGCAUCUGCAGCAGGAAGGCUUGUGUACUGUGUACUGUGUACUGUGUACUGUGUACUGUGUACUGUGUACUGUGUACUGUGUACUGUGUACUGUGUACUGUGUACUGUGUACUAACUGAAUUUAACGUAUAAGAACUAUGUUGUCAGUCAUUAGGGUUCAUUACGGCUUGAGAAGUUAUUUGUGAUUUGAUUGUUAUCGUAUGUCAGUACGUUGUGUUGCCAUUGCAAAUAUUCAUGUUGGAUAUUUCCUUUAAAAUAAAAUGUCU